AUGUCGGCCUUGGUUGUCCGGUCUGGGAAAAGGAAAAGUAGGACUGAAUGCAUAAGUUAUGGACUGAUGGACGAGACAGAUAGGGUGAGAAGACAGUAUUUUGAGGACAAAAUAUGGAAGGAUGAUGCAACUUGUUUGAACAUGCUUAGGCUUGGAAGAGGACCUUUCUUCCGGUUCUGUCGACUUUUAAGGGACCGCAGGUUGCUCCAAGACACGAUUCAUAUGUCUGUUGAGCAGCAAGUUGGCACGUUCUUGCACACCGUUGGACACAACAUUAGGGAUACGCCAGCUGGUGACAACUUUCGUAUAACCGGUGAAGUUGUUAGUCGUUAUUUCAAAAAAGUCAUCCGUGCCAUUGGAGAGCUGCGCCAUGACCUUAUUAGGGAACCCUUGUUAGCGACCCCAACCAAAAUAGAAGGGAAUCACCAGUGGGAUCCAUACUUUAAGGUAUGGGAUUUAGUGACAGCUACAUUGUUCUCAUUUUCUAGGCAUGAAUCUGGUUAG